CACUUGAUGUGUUGGCCUUAUCCUUGUACUUUUGCAAAGACAGCAGGGGCACGAGCAGCUGCACAGCGAUUAUGUCGGUUUUUGCAAGUGCUUUUCCAAGAAACUGCGGUUGCGACUGUUACGAUAGAGGCAUCGCAAAUCUGUCUGUCUUCUCUUCUGUCGAAGAAGAAAUUUCGGUCGACCUCCAAAAGUGGUCUCUAAGUACAUGAUUCGCAUCUGAUUUAUUUCCUGCUUCUUGCUGCAAGGAUCUUUGUUACUCUGUCGGCUUAGUUGCAACCCAGAUCACCUUUUGCACUUCCACCUGUGCAGGGUCAUCAUCGGAUACCAGGAAAAUUUUUCAAAAAGAAUUUCCUCCUACACCUACAACUUUCCGUGUACUAAGAAACAAAGUUGCUCCACCUCGGCGACCCUGAAAAACUAAAUCACUCACGACGUCACACCAGAAGCAAUCUCGACCAAGGGCAAGGUCGUGUCAUCUCUUGCUCGCGCUAUUCCAGCAAGAUGAGCGCCACGAUCGUCGCGCACAGCCACGGCAAGGCUUCGGUGAAGCUCCUGCGCCUCGCCCGGUCCGGCGAGGAUGGGACCGGGCGGCACGAGAUGAAAAAGUUCAACGUGCAGAUCAAGCUCCACGGGACGGAGAAGCCGAAAAAAGCCUUCACGAGCCCCGACAACUCCGGUUGUGUUGCGACGGAUUCCAUGAAAAACACGAUUUACGUAUUGGCGCAAAAAAACCCGCUCUGUUCCAAGGAAAAGUUCUCGAUCAUCGUGGCGAGCCAUUUCAUCGGGUUGUACCCCCAUUUAGUGGACAAAGCGGAGUGCUUGGUCGAAGAGGAAGUCUGGGAGAGGGUAAGUGUGGAUGACCAACCACACAACCACUGUUGGCGCUUGCGAUCCGGGACGAAUGACGUCCGCUGGUCGAAGUGUAUCGCCGGCGGCGAGGCGUUUCAGAAGUACAUCGCGAAAACAUAUGGGACGAGAGGGAGUACAACUUCUGAAUGGAGAUUUGUUUUCAAAAGUUUUGAUGAUGUCUGAUUCUGCCCACUGUUCUGGUCGUGUUGAGCCAAUCUGAUACACUUCGCAAAUGAAGAUUGAUUGGUCUGCGUGCACUACUGCAGCAAUUACAAUUUGAUUUCGAUCACACACGACACUCUCAGGCUGUCUCCUCACUAGCGGUGUGAAAGCGAUGACACUUCUAAAAUCCACCCAGUCCGCUUGGGAAAAAUUCGUCCGUGACGGCUACACCUUGUUACCUGACACGACCAACCGAAUUCUCGCCUCCGCCAUCGAUGUCGAGUGGGCUUUUCGGGAGACGCCAAAGAUGCCGGUCACCGCCAACGCGGCGGCAGCCGCUGCUGGUAGGCUUUUUUGUGAUUCGGACACAUCAUCAUGAUGCGCAAGUGAGUUUCGUCAACGCAUGUGACGCGGUAAAAGAGUCGACGAGGUUGAGCUUGUUAGUGUUAAAAGCCACAGUGCUGACAUAUGGAGAAAUACAUUUUCUAUCAAAAAAUCACACAGACUCGCCCAACUUCCCCGACUACGACGCUUUCUCAGAAAAAGUUGAAAAAAUCCUGAUCGACACACUUUGCGGCCCGCCAAACAAAGGCGUCUACAGUACCUCUGUCCAAGCAACCGUCCACGACAUGGCACAGGCCGUGAUGUCCAAACACGGGGACUUCAUCGAAAAAAUCAGCCUCUUCGGCCCGAACCUGCACCACAUCCCGUUUGAUUUCUCGAGACUCAACAAAGUCUUGCCGCAAGAAACUUUACCGGAAAAACCGGAAGUUUUCAUCGCAACGUCCGAACCCCGGGGGAUCAUCGAGGUCACCUGCAGCAUUCCAGCCGGGGACAAGCAGAUCGGCCACGUGUUUGACCCACUACCGCGCUCCCCGAAGGCAUCAGGAGCUGCAUCAAGCGGAACUGCACCAGGAACAGAAGACCAAACCGCGACUGGAGAUGCUGGUGCACCACCCCCGCCCCCUUUAACCGACAUCGAGCUGACCGAGCAGAAAACGGGCGGCCGGAACAUGAACUUCUUGCAAUUUUUGAAGAUCACAACCAGACAGCAGUUUCUGGCGAAAUUUGACGGCAUUUACGAGAAAUCGCCGUGGAUUUUGGAGUCCGCCUGGCCCGUGUAUGCCUGCGCGAUGGAUUUUCAGAACGCGUUUGACUUCUUCAAGCACAUAAAAUCCGUAGUUCAAUUUGCAAACGAGGAGAAGAAGUACGCCUUGCUGCGCGCGCACCCGGAUCUCGCCGGCAAGUUGGCCAUCGCGACCUUCAAAGUCGUGGGAGACCCAACUCCAGGAGAGCAGGCGGCUGGUUCGCCGACGAGUGAAGGCGCUGCACCUCCAGUAGAGAAACUCACUACGGAGAGCCAGAAGGAGCAGAAAUCCGCGGGGCUUGACCAGUGCAGUGAGGAGGAAUUCAACAAAUUUCAGGCCUUGAACGACAAAUACAAGGAGAAAUUCGCCUUCCCGUUCAUUCUCGCGGUGUCGGGGAGGAGUCGGGCAGAAAUUUUGGAAAUUUUUGAAAAGCGGAUGGAGAACACGGUGGAAGCAGAGUUCGCCGAAGCGAUUUCGCAGGUACAUAGGAUCGCCGAAAUCCGCGUGAAGAAAUUGCUUGAGUGUUGAGUGGUAGAAGUGGGACCGUGUCAUACUUAAGUAGCUUUGAGCUACGUGCUGUAGCCACAGCGGGAUUUGUGUUUCUGAGGAAGAUUGCUAUUGCACUAGCACGACGCCAGGAAAAUCAAAAAUGAAUACGAUCGCUUCCGCGCCGGUGAUUUUCGUUUCACGAUCACACAACAAGAACGAGACUAACAAUAACAAACCUACUAGACUAACAAGACAGCCGCGUCUCCAAGUGCCCCACUUGGGCAUACUCAUAAGACAGCGUCUUCAAGCAAGAGACAAGGCGCACGUAAAGGAUUGCGCCAGAAAUAUCUAUUUUGAAACUACUGAAGAUACGUACAAGGUCUACACGACAGCUCUGAGCACACAAGUACGGCGCUCGCAGUAUUUGCAGAUGUCGUACGGAGUGUCACAUGUCAAGAAGAAAGAACGACGAGCAGCGA